UUUCCAUUCCAAUCNNNNCUAUUGCUAGUAGCAACAAGCGGUGGUUGGUGGUGAAAUCGAAGCUAGAAAGAUAAGAGCAAAAAAAUGGCAGGAGGUGGAGGUUCAGCAAAGGCAGAUGAACCAGCGCCACACCCACCAAAAGAUCAGCUCCCAAAUGUUUCUUACUGCAUUACAAGCCCUCCUCCAUCGCGAGGAGAAAGCUAAGGUUAUUCAGACUCUGUUGUUUGUUGCUGGUUUGAACACCCUUUUGCAGACAUGGUUUGGAACGAGAUUGCCUGCUAUGAUUGGGGGUUCAUACACAUUUGUUGCACCCACAAUUUCGAUUAUCUUGUCCGGUAGAUGGAGUGAUCCGGAUCCCACAUCGAGGUUCAAGAAGAUAAUGAGGGCCAGCCAAGGUGCACUUAUUGUGGCAUCAACCAUUCAAAUUGUGCUCGGUUUCAGUGGCUUGUGGCGUAAUGUUGCAAGAUUUCUGAGUCCACUUUCAGCUGUUCCAUUGGUUGCUCUUGCUGGCUUUGGGCUUUAUGAGUUCGGUUUUCCUGGGGUUGCCAAAUGCAUUGAAAUUGGGUUGCCACAGCUUAUCCUCCUGGUUCUGUUCUCUCAGUAUUUGGCUCACCUGAUACGCCCCGGGAAGAAUAUCUUUGACCGUUUUGCUGUUAUAUUUACUGUUGUGAUUGUGUGGAUUUACGCCCAUCUACUUACUGUUGGUGGGGCCUACAAUGGAAAGCCUCCAAAGACCCAGACAAGCUGUAGAACUGAUCGUUCAGGUCUUAUAAAUGCCGCUCCAUGGAUUAGAGUUCCUUACCCUUUCCAGUGGGGCGCUCCCUCUUUCGAUGCUGGUGAAGCCUUUGCCAUGAUGAUGGCUGCAUUUGUCUCUCUUAUUGAGUCAACCGGUGGCUUUAUUGCUGUGUCCCGAUAUGCUAGUGCGACCCCAUUGCCCCCAUCUAUUCUCAGCCGUGGUAUAGGCUGGCAGGGUAUUGCCAUACUUUUGUCGGGUUUGUUCGGGACAGCUAAUGGAUCAUCCGUAUCCAUGUAA